GCGUGCUGGGGGGAAUUACUUCCAGACUGAAAUGCAGUCCUUCAGUUUCACCAAGUCUGCAUACGGACUAGGACCUUGCUUGACUACCAUCAAACAGACCUGCUUUUCAAGUAAAAUAAGGAAAUCUUAGGAGCUGAGUACUUUCGAGGACUGUUUGUCUGACUGUAUAGAGGAAAGCUUUCGAUAAUGAAAACAAUGGAGAACGGCCAUCCAAGUGAUAACUGCACAGCAGAGAAUCUGCCACUGUACAAAUUUUACGCCUCUGUGAUGAUCAUGGAAUUCACCCUAGGUCUGCCGCUCAACCUCUCAGUGCUUUAUCUAUUCAUCUUCAAGCUGAAGUUCUGGAAAUCUAAAACCAACAACAUUUUCCUGUUCAAUCUCGUCUUGGCUGACGUUCUUCUGCUUAUAUGUUUGCCAGUAAAGGCAUAUCAUUUUCUUAAUGGGAAUCGGAGGAGUACAGAGGGAGCGACCUGCAAAGCCAUGCUCUUCAUGCUGUUUCUGAACCGAGGUGCCAGUAUCGCCUUCCUGACUGUGAUUUCAGUUGAUCGCUAUUUCAAUGUGGUUCAUCCUGGGAAAAAGAACUUUGCCAAGGCUUUUAAAAGGUCUCCUCAUAUCUCUUUCCUCAUCUGGCUACUGCUGCUCCCCCUGACUAUCCCCACCAUGCUGAAGUCCUUUGAGUGCUGUAAUAGUUAUGGGCGUGAAGAUGACACUCUAGUCAAGGACGUCACUGACACUCUGAGAGAGGUUGUGUUUUUCACCCAGAUUCUCAUCCCUUUCUUUGUGUUGGUCUACUGCACGGUCCGCAUUGUUAACAGACUAAAAAAGAAGACCGUAGGGGAUAGUACCAAGCUGCGUCGAGCAGUGUUUCUGGUCACCUCAGUAAUGUUGGUCUUUUCUUUCUGUUUCCUGCCUUGUACCAUAGCUAGAAUGGUUCUGUUGAUUGUGAGAGUUGAGAAUUUACCCGGAGCAGAAGCUAUAGUUGUUCAAGCCUUUGACGGUCUCAUGGUUUUGUCCUACAUGGAUUGUUUAGUGGACCCAAUUGUGUACUGCUUAAGCAGCACUAAGUUCAAAAGCCUCUACCUGACAACAUAUUGCCACUGUCUACUGAGCGAAAAUGCAGAAAUAACUGAGAGCACAAUCUCAAAAGGAAACAACUCAAGCCCAAAACGCAACAACAAUAUAUUGUUGCAUAGUAGGUAAAAAGAGGACAUGAAAAUGACUGUUUUAUUACUGACUUCAUGACUGUUCUCAUGGUAAGACACUCAUGUUAGUUUGCCAAACCAGACGUGUUUAUGUUACCAUCAGCAUGUUAAACAGCUCAUAAUGACUGUGUUGUUACUAAUUGUCUGGGUCAAAUAACAAAGAUGUGUCGUUGCUGUUGUUUUUAUAGCUGUCUCUCUGGCCAUUCAUCCAUUUAUCUUAUUAUGUCAGGGGUUGAAUACUUAUUGACUCAAGACAUUUCAGGUUAACACUUUACUUGACACCCAGCGUCAUAACACGUAAUGGCACAGUCUUAACCAUGUCAUAAACUGUCCUAAUAGGUUCAUAACACUGUCAUGACCAAUAUAUUUACACCUGUUGUCACAUAUAUUGCGUUAUUUUAUGGCUGGUUAUGAAACCUAUAUGAGGGUGUCAAAAUGCACAAAACCUACCACGGUAAAAAAAAGGGCACCCACAAGACUCAUUGAGCAAUUAUUACAAGAGCAGAAGAAAACCGACCAAUCUGAUGAGUAUUUGGCAAAACUAUUUUAUACUGGAAUAAAUGCUGCACUUAUGAACAAUGACCAACACAAUUCCAGUCAAAAUAGAUUGUAAGACAUUCUGUAGCCUACCAUUACUAUACCCAACCCAAAUCCAUUUGUUGCCAUUAUCAUGUAUCCAAGUGGUUUUCAAACUUUUUGACCUGCAAUCUCCAAAACAGAGUGGUAGAAAACAGGAAACUCUGUUCACGCAAAUGCGCAUGUGCACACGGUGAUGCAUUUUUAAAACUCAAGAUGUGCUACAGAAAUAAACUACGUUUUACACCUGCAUUUGGAGCUGAAAGACUUUCAUGUUAGUGGCCAAUAUCAACUAUGGAUAUAUCUGUAUAUAGCUAUGUACAUUUAUUGUUAUGUACAUUUCUUGCUAUGUAUGUUAUUGUUAUGUACAUUUCUUGUAAUUCUUUUGAUUGAUUUGAUUUAAAAAAACGUUUGUUUAUUUAGUAAAUAUUUUAUUAACUCC